GAUCCCACAGUUAAUCCUGAUAAACCAGUGGUCAAACGUACUCUGUCGUUUCCCUGCUGCGCCACUCUCGUCGACAGCUCCGGCAGGUUUUCUUCCGCGGGAUAGCGACAUGAUUCGGACUGUGCUUUCGAGGAGCCUCUCCAGGCUCAGCCUGUUGCAGACCUGUCGCUACUCUGCUGCCGCCGUUCCAGCACCCAACACCCAACCUGAUGUCCACUUCAACAAGCUCUUCAUCAACAAUCAAUGGCAGGAUGCAGUCAGUGGGAAAACAUUCCCAACAGUCAACCCAGCAACUGGGGAGGUCAUCUGCCAUGUGGCGGAAGCUGACAAGGCUGAUGUUGAUAAAGCUGUGAAAGCAGCACGCGAUGCCUUCCGCUUCGGGUCACCAUGGAGACGGAUGGACGCAUCUCAUCGUGGAUUGCUAAUUAGCAAAUUGGCUGAUGCAAUUGAGAGGGACGCCGCCUAUCUGGCUGAGCUGGAAACCCUUGACAAUGGAAAACCAUACGUUGUGGCCUACACUGUGGAUCUGCCCAAUGUGGUGAAGUGUCUCAGGUACUAUGCUGGGUGGGCUGACAAGUGGGAAGGAAAGACAAUCCCCAUCGAUGGUGAUUUCUUCUGCUACACCAGACAUGAGCCUGUUGGAGUGUGUGGACAGAUCAUCCCGUGGAAUUUCCCUCUGUUGAUGCAAGCAUGGAAACUUGGCCCGGCUCUGGCGACCGGCAACACAGUGGUGAUGAAAGUGGCUGAGCAGACUCCACUGACAGCCCUCUAUGUGGCCAGCCUGAUCAAAGAGGUUGGUUUUCCUGAAGGUGUGGUGAACAUCUUGUCUGGCAUGGGUCCUACUGCUGGUGCUGCUGUUUCAGGGCACAUGGACGUUGACAAAGUUGCUUUCACUGGAUCCACAGAGGUGGGACAGCUAAUCCAGCAAGCGUCUGGCAGCAGCAACCUGAAGAAGGUCACGCUGGAGUUGGGAGGCAAGAGUCCCAACAUCAUCCUAUCUGAUGCCAACCUGGAAGAUGCAGUCGAGCAGUCGCAUUUUGCUCUGUUUUUCAACCAAGGCCAGUGCUGCUGUGCUGGUUCCCGCACCUACGUCCAAGCCGACAUAUACGAUGAGUUUGUUGAACGCAGUGUGGAGAGAGCCAAAAGACGAGUGGUGGGCAACCCCUUCGACUUCAAGACUGAGCAGGGGCCACAGGUGGAUCAGGAACAGUUCAGUAAGAUCUUGGGCUAUAUCAGCAGCGGCAAAAGAGAAGGAGCCAAACUAAUGUGCGGAGGAGACGCAGCCACAGACCGAGGAUACUUCAUCCAGCCGACUGUGUUCGGAGAUGUCCAGGACAACAUGACUAUCGCGCGAGAGGAGAUCUUUGGGCCGGUGAUGCAGAUCUUGAAAUUUAAGACCAUAGAGGAGGUGCUAGAGAGAGCCAACAACAGCCAGUAUGGGCUUGCCGCUGCCGUGUUCACCAAAGAUCUGGACAAGGCUCACUACGUCAGCAACGGACUUCGAGCUGGAACUGUCUGGAUCAACUGCUAUGAUGUGUUCGGGGCCCAGGCUCCCUUCGGAGGCUACAAAGCUUCAGGAAUUGGUCGGGAGCUGGGACAGUAUGGCCUGGACAACUAUACAGAAGUCAAAACUGUGACCAUCAAAGUGCCACAGAAGAACUCCUAGUAACGCAGUGGCAACAGGCUGCGGAGCAAGGAGGGUUUACUUACCCAGAAGUGCCAUUUACUCAAAUCUUUCAGUGUGCAAUACACAACUUGUCAUAGAGGUGAAGAUUUGCUGUGAUCACACCAGUUCCAUGUUGAAAUUUCAGCCAGGUUCAUUUUGCUAAUAAAAUCAGAUAUUGUUCUUGUCCAAUAAAUGCUUUUGCACAAA